AUCAGCACUUAUAAAAAGCAAGCAUACAAGAAGUUCUUGGGAAGUAAACCGAAAUCACGAUGUUUGCAGUUGCUGUUUUUGUACUUGUACUUGUACAGAUAGCAACUUUUACUUUUACAGAGGGAUUAUCUAUUGACUGGACCCCAGAUAAAGCCACCAAGGUGACUGGGAUUGAAGGACAAGGUGUUGACAUAACUUGGAAGGCAGAUUUUAAACAGUUUGAUGGGAUAGAAACGAAAUGGACAUUCGUAAAAGUGUAUAGGGAUGGAAGACAGAUAAUCAAAUGCACUCGUGGACGAAACCCUCCUACGUUUGUAUACCCUGACUUUGUCAACAGGGAAUCACACCUGAAGCUGAACGCCUCACAGGAUGGUACCAAUGUAACUAUCGUGUUUACAUUAACAAACCUUACUACCAAGGAUAAUAAUACCCUUUACAAAGUAUUACUGACGCAUGACGAAGAUUCUGAAACCAUUCCUUACUUCACCACGCUUAUCAUAGAAAACUCACCUUUAAUAACAAGUCCAAAGUCUAAUAUCAACGUCAACACUCAAGAAAAACGGACAGUGAAUCUGAACUGUGUUGCUACCGGCAACCCUUUUCCUAAUAUCAACUGGACAAAAGAUGGUGUGAUUGUAGGCACAGGAAGUCCGUUGAGGUUGGAUAAUGUCACGAUAAAGAACAUCAGUGAAUGCUAUACUUGUGUUGCAUAUAAUGGCAUUCCUCCUGACAAGUCUGUAACCAUGUGUUUAAACGUACAAUAUACGCCGAAAAAAGUUACGAUUGUUGCCGACAAGAAAACAGUUUGUCUUAAUGGUAACAUUACGCUAACGUGUUUAAUGGAAAGAGCCAAUCCCCCAGUGUUUGGAUAUGAUUUCUAUCACAAUAACGUUUCUACAGCAAUCAACCAAAGCAACAUCUACAUCGCCAAUGCCUCAUUUCCCAACAAUAACACUUUUUAUUGUGUGGCUAAAAAUCUUGUUGGUGACAUUCCUAGCGACUCAGUACAGGUCAAAGUUAAAGAUCCACCUGUGAUAAUCGUUCCACCACAAAAUAUGACUGUAACUGAAGGGUCUGAUGUGAACUUUACAAUCACCAUCAAUGGUACUGAACCUCUUGCUGUAUACUGGAAUACGUCUGGUCAGUUCGUAGAGGCUCUGAAUGGACGAGUCAUCUAUUUACAGAAGGUAAAUCGAACAGACGAAGGUCGUGUUGUGGUAACAGUCAAGAAUGGAAAUGAAUGUCCUCGAGCUGAAGCUGAUGCUUACCUUACUGUGGACUACAAACCAGAAAAGACUUAUUUGACAACAAAUAAAGCUAAUAACACCUUCAUGACGGGAGAAAGUGUAACACUGUUUUGUUCCUCCAACUCCAAGCCACAAACAUGUAAGAUUACCUUCUACGAUGAAAGUCACGUGAUUGGAAGCUAUCCAGACAGCACAUGCAAUGGAAGUGUGUCUGCAAGUCACGUAAUUCAAAGUAUCGAUGGAUGUAACUUGGAACAAUAUUCAUGCAAAGCUGAAAACAAAUACGAUUAUGGAGAGGCGAAAAUAAACUUAACAAUCCAAGUACCUGUAAACAUGUCUUUAAACCCAUCGAGGAACUUUAUUAUCAAAGAUGAAGGCAAAACAUUAAAAAUACUAUGCAUUGCAACUGGGUGCCCAACGCCAAAUAUAACCUGGACCAAGAUCGAAGGCAUGCAACGUUUAAUUAAUACAACCACUGGGAAUUCGCUAUCUCUUCGGUUUGAUAGUCUUAGAAGACAAGAUACUGGAGGUUACCUGUGCACAGUUGAUAACAGAGUUGCUGGAGGUCCUAUGAACAGAUCAAUUUACAUCAACGUAACUUAUAAGCCCGAACAUACCAUCAUAUCAACCAAUAGAAGCAACAACACUUUCCUGAAAGGAGAACAUGUGAAAUUAUCCUGCGCGUCAACAUCAAAACCACAAUUGUGCAACGUGACGUUUUACCAUGGCAACACUGUUAUUCAAAGCUACUAUAACAAGACAUGCGCAGGAGCAGAUGCUGCUAGUCACGUGAUACACAGUAUUGAUGGAUGUAACCUGGAAGAGUAUUCAUGCAGAGCU